ACAUCAGGAUUCAGGAUGCGCUCGAAACCCACCGUGUCCAAUAGCAGCAGCCGGGUGGUGGGCGGUGAUAGCUGAGUUCAAACCUCGCUAACAGACAAGAGUCCCUAUUGCAGAUCCUGAUCCUUCACUGUCUGUCUGCUCGUGUCGUUUGUUUGCCUGUUGGAGAUGGAAAACAGCCACCAGGACAAAGUGCAGAAGAAACCAAUCCGCCUUAUAGCAGCUGCGUGCAAUGACAUGGGGAUCGGGAAAGAUGGAAAACUGCCCUGGCAUUUACCGUCUGAAUUCCGUUACUUUGUGGACACUGUCACAAGGGUGUCGAGACCAGGAAAGAUGAAUUUGAUGGUCUGGGGCAGACUGUGCUGGUUCUCUAACCCAGAAACAAUGUUCCCGAUGGCUAAUAUUCUGCAUGUGGUGUUGAGUAACACACUCAACACAGUUCCAGAUCAUGCCCACUUCUUGUGUCAAGACUUUGAGAGUGCCAUCCGCUUGGCUGCUGAGCCCCCCCUCGCUGACGUAAUAGAGACCAUCUGGAUUGGUGGUGGUACACAGGUCUACAAGGACGCACUGAAUCACCCAUGGUGUGACUUGGUUUACCUGACAGACAUCAUGGCCGACUUUGACUGCGACGUUUUCUUCCCCGAGUUUGACAAAGGACUGUUUAAAUUGCAAGAGAGAUUUCCUGACGUACCAAGUGGUGUUCAAGAGGAGAAUGGGGUUAAGUAUAAAUUUCAAGUGUUCAAGAAGGAGACUGGUAAUGGUGUGUAGAUAACAGACAAAGGAAAUCAAACAUUCAGAAUAUCCCUGGUGUAUUUUUACAACUCUUCCUUGAAAACUUUCAUAAUUAAGUCAAUGAGCAUUCCAGCAAGUGUUAAAAUUACCUAAAAACUUGAAACACUGUGAGCACAGACACUUUAACAGCUGUCUAGUAUUUACUGUAUGUGUAUUCACUUGUAAAAUUAUUUUUCCCAUUGCUGCUGUCUGAAAGAAUAUUCUGAUUAUCGCUGAGGAAAAAAAAAAUCUCCUGCUCCCCUCUGCCAUCACCUUGUCACUUGUCAGCGUUCCCAUCUCAUCCUCCUCCUCAGUAAUAAUGCAGCUGCACAGAAAAUAUGCUUGUCAGUGAGUCAGUCAGCAGCCUACGUCAACGACAGCCCGAGCUCUGGGUAUCACAGCAGAUCUGGUCCUUUCUGAGUCAACACGACAGCUGCCAGUUUGGAAAAUGAUGAGUGAAUUAUCCUACUGCUUUGCUUUACAUAAAUAAAUCAAAUCUGAAUGAAGAAAUAA